GCUUUUCCGCUUUUCCCUUCUAGGGUUAGGGUUUCCUCCAUAUACACUGUUCUUGCGUCCCCAAAGAUCCCUUCUUCCACCGGUCGCCGAUCAUGGAGAUGGAGUGCCUGACGGAGUUUCCCCACACCCACAUGGAUCGCCGCCCCAGGAAGCGGCCGAGGUUGGGUUGGGACGUCGUGCAAACCCCAAAGGCUCAGAUAGGAAUGUUAUGUGGGCAAGAAGUUGGAGAUGUGACCAGCUUGGUAUCUUCGAUGGCACCAUCAGACCAUACUUGUUCUUCUCUGUAUACGAAGGGAGUGGCUCGAAAUGCUUCCCCUCCUUGGAGAGAAGAUGAUACAGAUGGGCAUUACAUGUUUGCGCUUGGAGAGAAUUUGACUUCUCGCUAUAAAAUCUACAGCAAAAUGGGUGAAGGUACCUUUGGUCAGGUUUUGGAAUGUUGGGAUAGAGAAAGGAAAGAAAUGGUAGCAAUAAAAAUUGUUCGUGCUAUAAAGAAAUAUCGGGAAGCUGCAAUGAUAGAGAUUGAUGUGCUUCAACAGCUUGGCAAACAUGAUAAGGCUGGUAACCGUUGUGUGCAAAUACGGAACUGGUUUGACUAUCGUAACCAUAUUUGUAUUGUAUUUGAGAAGCUUGGGCCAAGCUUGUAUGAUUUUCUACGGAAAAAUGGUUAUCGCCCAUUUCCCAUUGAUCUAGUUCGGGAGCUUGCCAGACAACUGUUGGAAUCUGUUGCAUUUAUGCAUGAUUUACGUCUCAUUCAUACUGAUUUGAAGCCCGAGAACAUUCUGCUUGUUUCAUCGGAGUACAUCAAAGUGCCUGAUGGUUCAUACUCCAAGAGAUUGCCCAAGUCAAGUGCUAUCAAGUUAAUUGAUUUUGGAAGCACCAUUUAUGAUCACCAUGAUCAUAGCUACAUAGUAUCAACAAGGCAUUAUAGGGCUCCUGAGGUUAUUCUUGGACUAGGAUGGAGUUAUCCAUGUGAUAUAUGGAGUGUAGGCUGUAUUCUAGUGGAACUUUGCUCGGGUGAAGCACUUUUUCAGACCCACGAGAAUUUAGAACACUUGGCCAUGAUGGAGAGAGUUUUAGGUCCUCUGCCUCAGCAUAUGCUGAAGAGAGCUGACCGACAUUCUGAGAAAUAUAUUAGAAAAUCUCGGUUGAAUUGGCCGGAGGGUGCUACCUCAAGAGAGAGCAUCAGAGCUGUUCAGAAACUGCCUCGCCUUCAGAAUUUGGUGAUGCAGCAUGUAGAUCAUUCUGCAGGCGAUCUCAUUGAUCUCUUGCAAGGUCUCUUUAAGUACGAACCUUCUGAUAGAUUGACCGCUCAUGAAGCUCUCAGGCACCCAUUCUUUGCCAAAGACUUUCAUCGGAGGUCGUAAACGGGGUUUCUUGGGCGCCCAUUUUUUUCACAAAAAGAAAAGAAAAUGUUAGGAUAUUAACAUGUUUUCGUGGAUGCACUCUUCAAUUGUACCGUUUCCAGCUUGGAAACUGCUGCCACGUUAGCUUGCGAAAGAUGAUCUAUAUGAGGAUUUUAGAGCUGUCAACCUGGCUGAUCUAACACCAUAGAAGUGUAAAUUGGAAUAUUUGGUUCUGUUCUGUAAUUAUUUUUCAAAAACAUGUGAAGUUUUAGCUGAACAACAUUGUAGAUUUUGAGACUCUCUAUUUGAUGUGUUCAAAACAUUCUCGGCA